CUCGCACCGUCCCAGCCCCGCGCGCUCCUCCUCCUUCUCCUCGUUCCACUCCGGCGCGCGGCGCUUCCCCCCCAUUCAGCAAACGCGCUGUCCUGUGGCGAGCGAGGGGAGCUUUACCGAAACAAAAGAAGGCAGGAAAGAAAGAAAGGGGGAGAACGGCAACAGGGCUGACCUACAUCGCAGGAAAAGUUGGAAGAGUAGCGCUUUUUAUUUAUUGUAGUUUCUUUUUAUUAUUUGUACUUUUGCGCGCUCUUCUCUGCGCUUUGAUGCGCAUCUGUCCCGGUGGUCGUUUGGCGCAGUGCUCUGAAAUCAGAGGAUCAGAGGAUAACAGCAAACACGCCUACAGGCAGACAUCAAUGUCAAAUCGCACCGCGCGGGAUUCACCUGUGCUCUGCUGGUGGUCGUAUGGUCGCGUUAACGUCGUCAGGUGGGCUCCGUCUCUGAGACGCGCGCUCAGAUGCUCGCCUGGGUUCACGUGGAUCGUUGGCCCGUGUUUGUGAACCGAUCUCGAGCCGGAGCGGGCGCUGCACUCCAGCCAUGCAGUCCAUCCUCCCUUCAGUGCUGCUCAUAUGUGUCCAGGCUGUGCUGCUGUUGUGUAGUCUCCUGCAGGUGCUAGCAGUGGACAGUGUUGAUUUUGGGGAACAUGUGGAGAACCAGACAGGCGUGAGGGAUAGUCUGAGCAGAAGGCAUCACCGUGUGUACCAGCUGUACAGCAGGACCAGCGGCAAGCAUGUGCAGGUGCUUGGCAGGAAGAUCCAGGCCAGAGGAGAGGAUGGGGAUAAAUUCGCCCAGCUUGUUGUGGAGGCAGACACCUUUGGGAGUCAGGUGAGAAUUCGAGGCAAAGAGACCGACUUCUACCUGUGCAUGAACCGCAAGGGCAAGCUGGUGGGAAGGAAAGCCAGUGGCAGGAACUCAGAGUGCGUCUUCAUAGAGAUGAUGUUGGAGAACAACUAUACAGCCUGGAUGUCGGCGCGCUACACAGGCUGGUACGUGGGCUUUACCAAAAAGGGCCGACCACGGCGAGGGCCGCAGACCCUCCCCAACCAGCAGGACGUCCACUUCAUGAAGCGAUUCCCUCCAGGAGAGCAGCCCAGCCUGCAGCACUGCAGCUUCACCACUGUCAGCAAAAGAGGCAGGCGGACGCAAGAGAGUGAUGGACUUCCUGACAUCCACUCCUAGGGAAUGGUGGAGAUUCUUAUCCUUGGGUUGCCUCAUGGUUGUGAAAGCUUGCAGCUGAAUCACAAAGACUGCAGAUGAGGGCAGACCUGCAUCUGCAUGACCAUGGAAAGAAACGUCUGGUUGUGCCAGUUGGUGGGAGAACUUGCAGAAAGAAAAAGAACUUGCCUAGCUAUAGUUGUCUGACGGUUCAGUUAUGGUUCGUAUGCACUGAUUCACUAGGCUAACCAGCAAAUCUAGGCACUGUCAGUACACUCAGCUAAAAGGACAAAUGGAUGGUGCCAAGGAUCACACAGUGCCAAGAGUUCUGGACUAAUUGACUGCAUACAUCAUGAGUUCAACAGCAGAUGCUCCAAAGAAUGCUAACAAAGACCCAACAAGGGCCAUCUUGGCAUGACACAGCCCUCACAGGGUGCAAUACAGGCAGGUACCCACCUCUAAAGUAGAGGUUAGUCAAGGGGGGAGCCCGACCAGACACUGUGUAAUCAAUCUAAUGUAACCAAAGACGACUGACUGGGCACGUGUCCAGGCACUAAACUAAACUCUGAGAACUCAUGACUUGUGACAAGGGCACCCAGCACUUCAAGCCAAAGACUUCAAACCCCUCCAGUGUCCUUGGCUCCAGUGAGUCUGGUCAAAAAAAAGAAGCAACCUAUGGACUGACCUUGGAUAAGAGGUCAACGACCCAAUGACCAUUCCACAGCUGUGGAGGACUGAUAUGUAUUUUAUUUAACAACUACAGCUCUAGCUGAAUAGCAUCUUUGACUCAAACCAUCAUUUAUGUUCUGCUUGAUACACUAAUCGAUAGGACAACUGUAAAGGCAUAUUACUUCAAAAAAGACCAGAUGAAUGUAGCUAAAUAUAGAUGAAUGUUGAUUUUUGGUGCUUUCACCUCACCCCCAGUUAAAAAAAGAAGGAAAAAAAAGAAAGGAUUUACAACAGCAAGAACCAUUUAGUAUGUCGCAGAUAGAAGAGGGGGAAAAUGCGGCAUCCUUGGUCUCUGGGUCACUUGUUCCCAACCCUAGUCCUGGAGGAUGCUGUUGUAUUCACUCUUCUCCCAACACUCCUGACUUGACCGAGGUGGGUUGGAGCAGGAAACUACUCAAGUAUGCAGAACAAGGGUUGGAAACAAAUGAUUAACAUGACAGGUGAAGUUUGCAUGGCAGUGAUCAGAGAUGUAAUAGAGGUGUGAUACCACUGUUUCUACUUUCAUAUUCAUACUGAUUCAAUUUUGUCUUCUUUAAAAAUGACUGCAUUUUUAAAAUGAGCCUUUUGUUGAAGCAAUUCAAUAUUUGCACAUAAAAAGCAUAGGCCAGCCACUAUGCCCCAGCUACUCAAACCUGUCAAGUAACAGUUUAAUUUCUACAAUUUUAAAGUUAUGUACACACUCACAAAGAAAGUGUUUAUGGAGUAUUGCCAUAGAAAAACAACGUUUUGGGUCUCUAAAGAACCACUCAAUGAAUGCAUGUGCUUUUAGCACAGUCUUGCUACUACUGGCAGGCUCAAAUUCAAACACUGUCAAAGAAAUCAUUGUAAAAAAAAUAGGUGUCAAAUUGCAAUGCUGUUCCAUAGCAAGAUAACGGUUACCAGGUAUAAUAAAUUGUUACAAAUUCAGACUGA